GGCUUGGUCACUAUGGAGAAACCCGAUGAUAUCGAUACACAGGCCCCAUCUGCGGCAACUGCGGCCAAGUUCCCGCCCAUGGUUACGUUCGUGUGCACUAAAGGGCCGAAGUACGACGCAGAGAAACGCUCUGUUUCCGAGACAAAAGCGGAUAGUGGUCGGUCCAAAAGCCAGGGCAAGGCAGCGGCCAAUGAGAUUGCGCUAUUGCACGAGCAGGACGACGUUCUAAGUCUCACCACGGGAGAAGGAGUCAGCGAAUGGUUUGACGCUUUGGCGUAUAGUCUAUGGGAGCGAGCACACCAUCAUGACAGCCAAUGGCUCUCUCAGCUGAGCACUGUAUAUGGUGCGCCGUUCGAGUGGGUGCAGCGUUUGUCAAAUACUGAUGACAAGGCCAAAGACACCGUACCCUCUGCUGCAGUUGCCGCCGAAUCUAUAAAUAGCACACCCAGGUUAAGCGGAGAAGAGCGAAGGAAUCAGUUCGGUACUACGAUCGCGCUGGUGUGCGAACGCAUGACCGUGGGCAAAGAUCUCAGCGCACAGCUGGCCGCAUUGAAGAAAAAGACCAUCGACCUAUCCUCGCCCCUGUUAGCAGAAGUAGCUGAACAGUUCCAACUGCGACCAACUGCCAAUCUCACCGAAUGGACGCAAACGGAAAACACCCCCAGUUAUUCCACAUACCUUAUGGCAUUGAGCAGGAACGGAUGGGUGUUACAGGCGACGAUAACUCUAAGCGUCAAUUAUCCAAGAGUCACCCCGUCGUUCGCGUUAACUAUGAAGGCGACGGGUAGUACGCCAGACCCUGACCUGAGCUCAGUGAUCAAACACAUGGAGGUGGACACGAACGUUUAUUGCCACGAGCUAUUUGUGACAAGUGAGAAUGUCCUAAACUAUCUGCUUGUGUUGCAAAUACGAAGGCUACAGAUGAUGUUUGACAUGUACGUGCACAUACUACAGUCAACCGACAGCCGUGGCGUGAUGAUUGGUCGUCUAUACGAACGAAAGCGCAGAGGCAAAGACAGACAUCUGCCUACACGCUACCAGGCCGAUAAGGGCGUCUUUACUCAUCGAUAAAAAUACAUGUACCUACUCUGAUACGUACGUCAAUGGUACCAGAUAUUAACUUCGGGGUUAUUAAACCAAAUCUCAUCGAAUGCAC